CAACAUCAGAGCAAGCGGAAGUUGAGUGCAUGUCGGACGGUAGAACUUCCGACGGACAGUUGGCUACACUGAAUUCAUGACGGAAAAAUGCCCAGAUUUCGUGAGUCUCCGGCAUGCGGUCAUCCUGUCAGACCUGACCUCAGCAGACUAUUAGCUAACAGAUACAUCAUCAAGCAAAGACUUGGGAAGGGAAGCUUUGGCACUGUGUACCUUGUUAAAGACACAAAGGCAAAAGAAACAGAUAAACUGAAAGUACUGAAGGAGAUUCCUGUUGGAGAUUUAAAACCCAACGAGACAGUCCAUGCCACUCAAGAAGCUCAGCUUCUCUCUCAGCUGAACCAUCCUGCCAUCCUAAAGUUCUACACAAGUUUUCUGGAUAGAGACGUCUUUUGCAUCAUCACUGAGUAUUGUGAGGACAGAGAUUUGGACUGUAAAUUGGAAGAGUUGAAAAACACCGGCAGAACAUUAUCUGAGCCUCAGGUCUGUGAAUGGUUCAGUCAGAUGCUGUUGGGAGUACAUUACAUACAUCAGAGGAGAAUACUUCAUAGAGAUCUGAAGACCAAAAAUAUCUUUCUAAGGAAGAACAUUGUUAAAAUAGGUGACUUUGGUGUCUCCUGUCUGCUGAUGGGAUCAUGUGACCUGGCGACUACCUUUACAGGGACACCAUACUACAUGAGCCCUGAAGCCCUCGGUCAUAAAGGCUACGACUCUAAAUCAGACAUCUGGUCUUUGGGCUGUAUCCUGUAUGAGAUGUGCUGUUUAGCACAUGCUUUUGACGGCCAGAACUUCUUGGCCGUGGUUUUGAAGAUUGUGGAGGGACCUACUCCAUCCCUGCCAGAAACAUACUCGUGGCAGCUCAACUCCCUAAUGCAAAGUAUGUUAGAAAAGGAUUCUUCACGCAGGAUCUUGGCCUCAAAUGCUCUGAAAAGCCCGCUCAUAGAAGAGAGCUUGCAGAGCAUGAAACACAAAUUCUCCAGCCUGACACUGCAAGAGAGGUCGAUGGGGGAAGAGAGAGAUGCAUCGCAGAUCCUAAGAGCUCUACAGAAGAAGGUACAUCUGCAGACGCUGCGGGAAAGAUCGGAGGUGCAGAAAAUGAGCCCGAGAGAACGCAUGCGACUGCGCAAACUUCAAGCAGCAGAUGAGAAAGCGAAAAAACUGAAGCAAAUUGUGGAGGAAAAAUAUCAAGAAAAUCACCUUCGCAUGCAAGAGAACAAGUCCAAAAAUUUCCAUAAAGUCAGUGUGGACGUUUUAAAGGUUAGAAUGGAAGACCCAAUUAGCCAGGUUGAAAAGAUUCAUAGCGGGUCACUAAAUGAAAACUUAGAGCUGGUGGGAAACCUUUCUGAGCUCCCUGAUAAGAUGAGCAUGUUUUUGCCAGAAAACCACGCGAUCCCUGAAGAUCCUCAGGCGGCGGAGGCAUUUUACUCUGUGGAUGAAUUUGAGUCAUGCUCGGAGGAAGAAUCAGAUGGAGACGGAGACUCAGAAGAUGAUCUCCCCACAGACCCUUCCUGUCAGACAUGUAGACAGGACAGUGACCUGGAGGCUAUGAUCAAGCACAUGGAGAAUGUUCUGCAUGCUGAUUCAGAUGGCACACACAGAUAUUGUAUACAUAGACUCUCCAUGACCGAUGUGAGAUGUAAGAUCGCCAUCCAAUACUUACUGGACAAUUACGUGAUGGUAUCUGAAGCUGCGGAUCUUAAGCCUCUGCCAGAUUCUCUAGGAGCAAGCAGCAUUAAUACCAGCAUGGCUGAGAGCAGAAUCCAGCGUAUGAGAGAGUCACUUCAUCAGAGGUUGGGAGAGGAGGUGUUCAUGAAGAUCUAUGACUACCUGAAGCAGGCCAGACAGAGGCAGGAGACCGAGGAGAACAUCAGACAGGAUUUGAGCAAGCUGGUGGAGAGAUCCAGCGAUUGCUUUGAAGUGGAUCAACUUCUUUAUUAUGAGGAACUUUUACAGACAGCGCAAGGAAAUACUGUAAGAUAGCAAUGAAACACACACACGCUCUCACAGAUUGGACAAUGUUAAAAAUCGAUAUAUGUUAGACUGUAUGUUAUACUUAUGAGUGACGCAAACUCCACAAUCAACAACAAAUACACGUACAGUGAUAUACUGCAUACAGUAGUGUAUAUUUGUCAGACUCAGGGUUUGCAAUGAUGUCAAUGGUUCCCUGAUAUGGAGAGAGAAGAUUUUUGUACAUACUGUAGUAAACAUUCCCAUAUUGUUUUGACAUCAUUGAACUAAAGUCAAAACAAUAAAUCCAAUUUUAAAACAAUCAAAUCUAAAGUCAAACCCAUUAAUACUGCCUUCAAAACAGAUUUUAAAUUGCAAAACGGCAAAACCACAAUAUCUUUUGAAAACAUCAAAAGCUGGAUGUAUUGUUUGACUUCCACCACAGUUAAAACAAUUAAUGUUUUUUUUUUAUUAAAUAUAGUGCAUAUAUAGUUGAUGAGAGUCUGAGGUUAAACUUCUGGACACUUUGUGGUGGUUCCCAUGUACAAUAUCCAAAAAUACAUCAGUGUAUUGUACAAGUAUUGUUUUUUUUGUAAGGCAUGUUUGUGAAUACUACUUAACUGUUCAAAUCUAACUAAAGCCCAGUUCUGGCUUAAUCUAAUCCCUGUCUGGGAAACUGCUUAUAUCUUCUAAAUGAUAAAACACUGACUGAUAAACAUACUUUAUUAGGCCUACUGCUGCAUUUUUGUUUACUGCAGAGUUACAGUAGAAGUGUCCAUUUAUUUACCUGCUCUUGAAAUCUUCAUGUGACACGUCAACACGUCUAUUGUGGGAGAUGCCGCGCUCACGCAGAGGAAAUAGUUAAAAUGAAGAACUUUUGGUGCUAAAUAAAGAUAUUUGAGGAGA